AUGUCUCUUCUUGAACAAUCGCUGGACGAUAUAAUUAACAGUGGCGAUUCUGGCCCGAGAAAGCCGCAGAACAGGGCUCCGCGCAGACCGUCGCGCGGCGUCUCGAAACACAACGCAAGACCGGGCAAACCCAGAAGACCCCACAGACCGCAACCGCUUCCUCGCAGCAAAGAAGCUGAGGAACUGAGUGGGGGGCGUCCAUAUUUGAGGAUCUCGAAUCUCCACCCAGAGCUUACUGAAAAAGAUUUGUCAGGACUGUUUUCCAGUGUGGGGGACCUGCUGUUCACCAAAAUAGAGUACAAUACCAGGGGAGAGUCCACAGGAGUCGCGUUCAUUGGGUUCCACAACCCUGCCGACUGCGAGUUCGCGAUCGACAGAUUCGACGGGCGCAGGGCAGCGGGGCAGGUGAUCAGUGUCGAGAACGCCAUCCCAUUGUCGCAGCGGAUCUCCAUUUCUAAACGGGGAAAGAAAGCGGGGCCCCGUGAGAGAGCACCUAAACAGAGCCGGAAGUCGGUGGAGGAGCUGGAUGCCGAGCUCAAUAGCUACAUGGGGGGCCCUAGCGAGGAGCCUGCACCAACCGUUUCCGAAGAGCCAGCCCCAGCGGGGGAUGCUGAGUCUGCGUUCCCAGCCACAGAUAUGAUGGUGGAGUGA